AUGGGAGAGCAAAUGGAGAAGAAGUUCACUUGGGUUUCACAAAACCUAUCCUAUUGUCAAAGCAACAAGUGCUUCUCUCGCCCUUUCUCUCUCGCCGGCUGCAACUGGUACCUCUCUGCUUCUCCCUCUGAUUAUGAUAAAGGAGACUACUUGUGCCUGAAUCUAGAACUUGAGCCUGAAUCUUUGACUCGAGGAUGGAGCAGAGACGUGAAAUUUACCUUCACUCUUGUGAACAAGGGUUGGCGUUAUACUAACAAAACAUUAGGAAUGCAGCGCUGUUUCGAUGCAAAGAAUAAUGUUCAUGGUUUUGAAGAGUUCUUGCCCCUUUCGAAACUUUGGGACACACGUGAAAGAUUUAUGGUGAAUUACAGACUCAUUGUCAUCGCUGAGAUACAUGUUUUACCAGCUAUUGCUGUAACAAAUGAACCCGUGAAGUCGAUUACUGAACCUCUUAACUGCAAAGUAGAAAACCAGCCUGUUGCUAAUGCAUCUGCCAUCAGACCUCAGGGAGACUCUUCAUGUCAAGUGGUGCAAACAGUUGAGACUGUGUCUAAAGAGAAUUUACAUGUUAAUGAUGUGGUUGCUAAUGAUGAUUCAGCUGGCGAGGGUUCAGAUGAUGAUGAUGACACGUCUGAAGAAGCCUCAGAUGGUGGUGAUUCAUCAGAAGAGAAGCUAGAUGAUGAUUAUGAUGAAGAUGGUCCUUUAAGCCGAUCAAAUGCGUUGGAGGACGUUUCUCCUACAAUGGGAAACCAUGUUGUAAGUUGUAACGGUUUGGCAGCUGAGGCUGAGGUUUCCAACGCACCUAAAGAAGAUAUUGGUGAUGAGGCUUCAUCUCUUGUUUCGAAUGAUAGUGCUAGAAACGAAAAUAGUGGCGGUAGGGGGUUUAACAAUGUGGUAUCUGUUACUGAGACCGGUAGUAGUGUGCUUAAGGAGAUUCAACCAGUAAAGGAAACAACAGAUGUCAAUGGCUUUGAGGUUUUUUCUUCUCAGGUAGAGUUAGUGAGCUAUAUAUUCAAAAGACACCCAGACAUAGCAUUAGGCUUCCGUCCAAAGAACCAAGAGAUCAGAAGAGCUUACAUGAAUGAACUCCUUAGCCUCAUUGAGACGCUGUGUCAGUCACCAGAGAAGCUCUCCGAGGAUGAUCUAAGGAAUGCUGAUGACACGCUGGCUGAUCUGGUUGAUGUCGGAUUUAAAUUAGAUUGGCUGAAGAUAAAGCUGAAUGAGGUCACUGAGAAGAAGAUGGAACAGGGUAGUGAGGCAAGGUUAAAAGCAGUGGAUGAAGAGUUGCAGAAGCUGAAACUGAUGUUCUUGGAUCUCGAAACUCAGGUACAGAUGGAAAAGGCGGAGGCUUUGGCUGCAAGAGCUCCUCUCUCAUUCAACGAUGUUGUUUACUGA